AUGGAUCCAUUUUUAGUAUCGCUUAUAAGUGGAGGUUGCGCUGGAACGUCAACAGAUUUGGCAUUCUUCCCCAUUGAUACCUUGAAAACAAGACUUCAAGCUAAGGGUGGAUUCUUUGCCAAUGGAGGUUGGUCCGGGAUUUAUAAAGGUCUUGGAUCAUGUGUAGUUGCUUCGGCCCCUUCAGCGGCUCUCUUUUUUGUGACAUAUGACUCUAUGAAGAGAUACACUAAAGAUUCAGGACUUCUUUCACCUACAGUAUCACAUAUGGUCUCUGCAUCGUGUGGGGAAAUAGCAGCGUGUCUUGUCAGAGUGCCUGGUGAAGUUAUUAAACAAAGAACUCAAGCUGGAAUUGCUGGGGUAGGUGGAGUUUCACUGUCAUGGUCAAAUUUACUCUACUUACUUCAAAAUAAAUCAGGAGAAGGAGUAAUUCGUGGGUUAUAUAGAGGUUGGAAUACUACAAUCAUGAGAGAAAUCCCAUUUACCAUGAUCCAAUUCCCACUUUAUGAAUGGUUGAAACUGAAGUGGGCUACAUAUGAACAUGAGAAACUGCAACAACCAUUAUCACUUUUAAAGGGUGCUAUUUGUGGAUCUAUUGCUGGGGGUAUAGCAGCUGCUGCAACCACUCCUCUUGAUGUGGUGAAAACAAGAAUCAUGCUUCAUCAAGAACGUAUAGGUGUAUUGCUGUUGGUACGAGGAAUUAUCAAGGAAGAAGGUUAUGGAGUAUUUUGGAAUGGGGUUGGUCCAAGAACUUGUUGGAUUAGUGCUGGUGGUGCAAUUUUCCUUGGAUGUUAUGAAUUGGUCAACUCCACCUUGACUUCCGGGAAUAAGCUCAAAUAG